GUUCAUGGUGCUGUGGUGAAUUACGCAAGUUGCCGCAGUUCCGACGAAAGGACCACUGUAGUAUCCGAUGCUGCGAAGGUGGAAGUAGGGGGAAGGACAUGCAAGAAACCGCGGAAAAAUGUUGAAACCAUUUUAAACGCGAACAACAAAAACAAUAAUGAGCAGAGUAUUGGUUUCUUUAAUACAACUGCUAACACGACAACAAGAGCUUCCACAACAACAGCCUGGAGGCAGGCGUCCAACCAGCGGCGGAUGAAGAAGCGGCAAAGAUUAUUAAAAUGAAAAGAGCACCAGCUUCCGCUUUCCACACAGAAAGUAAAUAAUUUUUUUUCUUGCAAGAAACGAAUGCGAUGCAUAUUAUCAUGCGGCUGGUGAUCGAUCGCUCAUAGUGUGGCGCCGUUCAGCAACUACACAGACUUGCGCUAAUCCGGCUGGGAAUUAUAAACAAGUUGUUGAAAUAAAGCUGGGUGCCGGCAUCAAGUGUUUACUUAUUCCAGUAGGAUGAACUUUUGCAAAAAUCAGUAUCAGAACACUUCCACACUCGCCGAUUGAUCGUGGGGGCGCUUUUCGUUGUGAUAGAGUUCUGGCUACUGUGCGGAC